AUGGAGCUGCUGGACCUUCUCAGACCUGCAGUUACCAGGCUAACAAGGCGGAAUUUUGCUUUGUGCCCUGAAGUCCUGCUGCUUGCAGCACUAAGGUUUUUUGCUACAGGGAACUUCAUCGAGGUCGUGGGAGAGGGCUACGGCCUAAGCAAGACCUCGGUGUGGAGGUGCGUCCACACUGUCACCAACGCCCUUCUGCGUCAUGCCAGGGAUUACAUCCGGCUGCCAGCAACACGUCAGGAGGUGCACCAGGGCUGUUAUGCCAUUGCGGGCAUUCCUAGAGUCUUGGGCCUGGUGAAUGGCACACUCAUCCCUAUCGCCAAUCCAUCAGUGAUUGAUCAGGCGUACAUAUCGCGGAAGGGGUAUGCAGCCAUAAACGUACAGGUUAUAGUGGACCAUAGGGGUGUGAUCUCUGACCUGGUGGCAAGGUGGCCAGGAAGCACCCAUGACAGUUUUGUCUGGCAAAUUCUGCUGUGGACUCGGGCUGAAAGAGCCUACAAUGUUGCACACGUUCGCACGCGCAAUGUUCUGGAGCAUGCAAUUGGCAUUUGGAAGCUGCGCUUUCGGUGCCUUCACAAGUCGGCAGGAGGACUGCGCAUGAAGCCUCACAGCUCUUGCGCAGUUACGGUGGCAACGGCCAUACUCCACAACAUGGCUGUGCGUGGAGACGCACCUAUUCCAGAGGGGGAGGAGGAAGUGGAUGAGGAGGAAGAUGGAGAGGGAGAAGUUGAGGUCCUCUAUCCUCCACAGAGGGCUGCCCUGCACACUUCCAGGGUUGAGGCAAGGCAGCUUUUGAUUGCAAAUGUUUUUGGUUGA